AUGAUCCGAGGACUACCGCUGGCACGGUUGGCUCAGCAGGGCUACAAGAGUUCGCAGAGUGGUGGCCUUCAGCGCUACUGGCGGAACCUGCGGGCUGCCCGUCUGCUGAGCACCCAACGGCAGGCCAAGUUCAUCGAAGAAACCAUCUUUCCGCCCGAGAACGGGUUCGAGCAGAACUCACUGUACGACAACAACCUGCCGAUUCCGCACCAGACGCUCGACCAGUACCUGUGGGACAACUUCAGCCGGUGGACCAACAAGACGGCCGCGGUUUGUGGCCUAACCGGACGCAGCUACACCUUCGGCACGCUGCGCGACCAUUGCGCGGCACUCGCGAUACGACUGCAGCGAAAGCUUAACCUCAAAUCCGGCGAUACAAUUGCCGUUUGUCUUAGCAACAUUCCAGAGUUUCCGCUGGUGACGCUCGGUGCCAUCGAAGCCGGACUCGUGGUCACGACAAUCAAUCCCAUCUACACCGCCGAGGAAAUAUCUCGGCAGCUGGUGGACAGUGAUACAAAAUUUCUGGUCGGUUUGGCCUCCAACAUUGCAGUAUUAAGAGAGUCCGUGCAGCUGGCGAAGCGCGACAUCCGCAUCGCCUGCAUCCGUACGUCCAACGACGAGAGUCUUCCCGCCGGAACGAUCGACUUUGCCGAGCUAUCCAGCCCGAAUGGCAUCCACUAUAGCGAGCUUCGCCAGCAUGACCGUACGCCGGAGGAUAUCGUCUUCCUGCCGUACUCGUCCGGAACCACAGGCAUGCCGAAGGGCGUCGAACUGACGCACGUCAACAUCGUGGCGAACUGUGAAAUGCUCGGCGUUAAGGCGGGCGCCAGUACGGUCAUUCUGCCCACGACCGACACGUAUCAGGAUGUGCUGCCAUGCGUUCUGCCGUUCUUCCACAUCUACGGACUGACGGUGACGAUGCUCUCGAAGCUUCGCUCGGGCUGCAAGCUGGUCACUUUGCCCAACUUCCGUCCCGACACGUUCCUCAAUGCGCUGGCCGAUCACAAGGGCACAGUGCUACACCUGGUUCCACCGAUAAUUAUCUUCCUGGGCCAUCACGAUGGCGUCAAACCGCGGCACACCGAGUCGAUACGGAACGUGUUUUCUGGGGCGGCCCCGAUGGGUGCACCGGAUGCAGAACGCUUCACAGCUCGGGCACCGCAGGCCGAGUUCAUCCAGGGCUACGGUCUCACGGAAACUUCUCCGGUGGCACUGAUGGGUGCGCUGGGCGCCCGGAACUACGCGUCCGUCGGUUCACCGUGCCCGCGGACACAGGCCAAGAUCGUUGCCCUGAACGACGCUACCAAUACGGCACUCGGACCGAACCAGUCCGGUGAACUGCUCGUCCGUGGUCCACAUCUGAUGAAGGGUUACCACAAUAACCGCCAGGCCACCGAGGAAAUGCUCAUCGAAGGAGGCUGGCUACGUACGGGCGAUAUCGCUCACUACGACGACAAUCUACAGUUCUAUAUCACUGAUCGGUUGAAGGAGCUAAUCAAGGUGAAGGGCUUCCAGGUUCCGCCGGCCGAGCUGGAGGAACUGCUACGGGCGCACGAUCACGUGGCCGAUGCGGCCGUCGUCGGUACACCGCAUCCCAUUUCGGGUGAGGUACCACGAGCCUUCGUGGUGCUUAAAAAGGACGCCCGAGUGAGCGAGGACAACCUCAAACAGUAUAUCGCGGGCAAGGUGGCCUCGUACAAGCGACUCGAGGGUGGCGUCACUUUCCUGGACAGUAUUCCGAAGAAUGCGUCGGGCAAAAUCUUACGGCGGACGCUCAAGGAACAGUACUGCUCAUAAAACCGGAACCGGCCGCUCCUCGGGUCAUGGAUGCCAGCGAAAGAUAUUACUGCUGAACGAUUCGGAACGAAAAAAAAAUCUCAUCACGGAUUGCUAGGAAGGGUUCGGAGUUUUGUUCUAAAUAAUUUCUUGCCCUGCAAUAGAGACUGCACACAAAACGGCGCGUACGCUGGCGAAUGUGUUGUACACUUUUAAGGCAUUUACUGUUUGUUUAUCUUUUUUAAGUUUUACAAUCUUGGUUGUUUCUUGAUCUUGAUUCCUCUUGAUCUUUCCCACGUCCAUCAACUAGCUAGCCAGUGUGUAUAGUCAAAUUAAACACAAUCAUUUUACCAACUUACCAAGGAGAAGGGUAAAAUUUAUUUUAGUAAAAGUUAGCUGGGAAUCUUGGGAUAGGAAACAAAAGACAA